CUCCCAUCCCCCACACAGACAGUCCCUACUCCAUCACAGGCCUGAACCCCGGCCGUGAAGCUGCACGAGCCCAGAGAUCCUGACGCAUCUUUUGGUUCCUCCUUUGCGGCCCGACACGUCCCAGCUGCACUCACUUGAGAGAGGCCAAUGGCUGCAGCCGGCGCGCCAGAGCCGGCACAGGAACCCAGCUGCAGACAGGAAAGGCAUCAGCCAGGCGUCCCCACGUGUGCGGCUCCGGGUCUGAAUGUCGGGGGGUCUGGAGGUGCCAGGACCCUGUUGGGACGCGGGACACCCCCUGUCUGCACUCAGCGGGGCUGCGAAAAGCAUCAAGAAACCCCCCCGGCGAAUGGGGGCUGGGAUCUCCUUCCGUCAUCACCGCUGGGAGCCAUGACUGCCCUGGGCUCCUGGGUCUCCUUCCGGACGCUCCUCAAGCUGACCCUCGGCCUGCUGGCCAUCAUGACCUUCUCCUUCCUCAUCCACCUACGCAGCCGGUUCCCCACUCCGAAUGCCACGGAGCGCGGCAUGUGGACCAUGAACUCCCGCGGGCGCCUGGGGAACCAGAUGGGGGAAUAUGCCACCCUCUACGCCCUGGCCAAGAUGAACGGGCACCAGGCCUACAUCCUGCCGGAGAUGCACCAGCAGCUGGCGCCGCUCUUCCGCAUCACCCUGCCCGUGCUCUCCAGAUUCAGGGCUUGGAGUAUCCUAUGGAGGAACUACGGGCUCCACGACUGGAUGUCGGAGGAGUACAGGCACAUCGAGGGGAAAUACGUCCGGCUGACGGGCGCCCCCUGCUCCUGGACCUUCUACCACCACCUCCGGCAGGAGAUCCUCCGGGAAUUCUCCUUCCACAACCACAUCAAGGAGGAGGCCAACCGGUACCUGGCCGGGUUGCGUGGGCAGCGGCGGAACGUGACCUACGUGGGCGUCCACGUCCGGAGGGGGGACUACGUCCGGGUGAUGCCCCAGGUCUGGAAGGGGGUGGUGGCAGACAAGGCCUACCUGGAGAAGGCCAUGGGCUACUUCCGGGCCAAGUACCAGGAGCCGGUCUUCGUGGUGACCAGCAACGGGAUGGAGUGGUGCCGGGAGAACAUCGACACCUCGCGGGGGGACGUGUAUUUCUCGGGGGACGGGAAGGAGUCGUCGCCGGGGAGGGAUUUCGCUCUCUUGGCUCAUUGCAACCACACGAUCAUGACCAUCGGGACCUUUGGCAUCUGGGCUGGUUACCUGGCUGGGGGGGAGACCAUCUACUUGGCUAACUACACCCUCCCCGACUCUCCCUUCCUCAAGAUCUUCAAGCCUGAGGCCGCUUUCCUGCCCCAGUGGAUCGGGAUCGAUGCCGAUCUCUCCCCGCUGCGCAGUGGGACGACUGGCUAAAGGAGCUCAACCGGUGGCCACAGGCUGCCAACAGGAUCCACCCACCAGGACUUGGCUGGUCGGCCGAGGAGUGGGCACCUGGGACCCCUGGCCGAUGCCGGCUGCGCUGGGGAGAUCGGGGGAGAUUGGGGCUGGGCUGGUGGGGUUCAGAGCCCCACACGGAGCAGCCAGUGACCUACGUCAGACAACUUCUCAUGGGAGUCUCGAGUGAUGGGACCAUCUCUGUCCUGAAUGGUUAGAGCAGAGGAGAGCGGGGGCUGGGAGCCAGGACUCCUGGGUUCUAGUCCAGCUCCGGGAGGUGAGUGGGGUCUGUGACGGGUUGUCAUCCCCCCCACAGGUGCCACCUGAUGUACUGGGGCACCACUGAGCCCACCUGUUCCCCCAGCCUGGGGUCCCUUACACCGUCCUGCUGAGCCAGGGCCAGCUCUAGGAUUUUUGCCGCCCCAAGCAAAAUAAAAUUUGGCUGCCUCCCACCCCAGCCCUGGCCUCCCCCUUCCCGCAGCCCCCUGCUGCCCCAGCCCUGGGCUCUCUCCUCCCCAACCUGCAUCCUCUGGCACCCCAGCCCUGGGUUCACACACUCCCCGUGCUGCACCACCUCGGCAAGUGGCGUAGUGCUUAAAUCGAGAUCGCAAUCCUGGGUUAAAGGCAUUGUGGAUGCAAUUCGACAUUAUUGGCCUGCGGGAGCUAUCCCAGAAUGCUCCCUUGUGACCGCUCUGGACCACACUCUCAACUCCG